AUGCCUCCGCGGCCUCUUGACGAGCGUAUAGUGGUAAUCCAGCGCCCCAAGAGUUUGGCCCUGCGCGUGGCCUCACCCCAGACAGCGCCCCCGCAGCACGGCAGCAGCAAUAACAGCGGCGGCGGCAGCAGCGGGGCAGCCUCCCGGUUCGACCUCGCGUCCCAGCACCCCUUACCCUCGGCCCGCAUCCGCCCGCACCCUGCCCUCACAGCCAACGGCAGCAGCAGCGGAGGAGGAGGAGGCUCUUGGGAAUGCAAGCGCCGGUCCCGCUCACAGAAGGUCCGCGGAGAGCGAGGGGAGCGAGGCUGGGAGAACGGCAUCGCCGGAGGUGUCGGUGGGCACGUGCCUAGCCACUGCCACAGCAACGGCACCGUCACCCUCGGCCCCAGGCCCCACCACAAGCACACGCACACCAUCGACAUCCACCUGUCGCUGGACAAAGGCGGCGGAGGAGGAGCUGGAAGAAGCGGAGGCAGCACUGGUACCAACCACAACCACAACCACAACCAGGCUCCAGACAAGGGGGCCAGGAGAAGCAGCAGUCUCACCCGAGGAGGCAGCACCAGGAGCGGCCGAGGAGGGAGGAAGGUCUCACUGCACCUCGACCCUGCCCAGGAGAGGAGGAACGGUGGAGUCUCCGGCAGCAGCGGUGGUGGUGGAGGUGGUGGUGGUGGGUGUGGGUCUCUGGGGAAAGGGGGCAGCGGCGGCAUCCUCCACUCUUCCCAGAAGCCUCAGCCACAGGUGAGCCAUCACCAGAACCACCUGUCCGUCUCUCCGGGCGGCGUCCUAGAGUUCGUGCCAGCACAGCGGAACACCCAGACGAACCCGAGGAAAGAGCGCGACUACUCCACCUGCAACGGCUACUCGGCGUCCGGGGCUGGAUCCGGAUCUGCCUCGCGUGGCGACCACCACCACCACCACCACCGCGGUGCCCCAGUCUCCAACGGCAACAAGGAGAACACCAAACUGGGCCCGGUCCCGGUGCAGCAGACGUCGGCCAACCCCCCCCACCACAGCCUGCCCCGCCACCAUGGCCCCCACCAGCCCCCUCUGACCCCGCAUGCCACGCUCCUGAACACCCCCUGCCCCCCUCCUCCUCCUCCUCCUCAGAUCCAGGCCCCUCCGCCCCCGCCUUACCCCUCCCGCGUGCCCCCGCACCCCCCCAACUCCUCCAGCACCUCCGCCACUGUCUCUUCUUCCUCGGCCGGCCCCUUCCCCCCUCACCCGCGGCCCUCCGCUCGAACCCGGGACCACAACCCCCAUCACUCCUCACGCCAUCACCACCCCCCUCACCCCCAUUUCCCACCUCAGCUGCAGCUUCACGGCUUCCCCCCUCUCUCCCCCACUGCCUCCUCCCGUGAAGGCUUCCCCAGCCCGGACCACACCUGCACCAUCGACCUCGCCCACCCUUUCAGCUGCGGCUGCUGGAAGCUGGUGCGUUGCCGCGGAGGCCGGAGUCACGGCCACAGCCACCACAGUCACAGUCAUCAUAGCCACGGCCACCACAGCCACAACCACAACCACGCCCAGGGAGCAGCUGCCGCCAUGGGCCUGAAGACGCUGGGCGGCUGCCUGUCCACCGCCUCCACCACCACCAACACGUCCUCGUCCAACAGCACGGCGUCCGAGUGCCGCGCGGGGCUCCUGCGGGGCCAGCUGGGCGGCUGCGCGUCCUGCUCCAGCGAGACGGCAGCUGGCGUGGGGGGCGACUUCCGGAAGAAGUUGGUAGGCGGGUGCCUACCGUGCGCCCCGCUGUCGUCCUCGGCACCCCUGAGGGCGCUCCAGAGCUGCGUGACCGGCUGCAACCCUAAAGCCAGCCAGACGGCCAGCUCCACCUGCUCCUACUGCAGCAGCGACCCCAUCGUAGUGACCUUUAACCCCCACCGGAGUAAACAACAACAGCAACAACACCAACAACAACAACAGCAGCAGCACCAUCAACAGCCGCCUCUGCACGGGUCUGGCCGCGGCGGCGGCUUCGGCCCUAUCGGUGGUAUCCAUGACAACGACGACGACUACAGUGUCCGCACCAUAUGGCCCGAGGAGCUAGCGAAGAAGAUAAACCGCUCGAAAGUGGCGCAAGGCAACAGCCACCACCACAUGGGCGCAGGCUGCAUGGGGCAUGAGCAGAACGGAGGGCACGGAGGGCACAGUGGCGGCCAUAGUAGCGGUGGCGGCGGCAGUAACCCCGUCAUCCUGGACUGCCGGAACCUUCUGGAGUUCACUCGAUCGCAGCUGACGGACCACGCGGGGCGGCGCCGGCUGCAGCAAGGCAAGAGCGCCGUGCUGGACUUUAUCGGGUCGGGCGGUGUCGGGGCUGGCGGCCGAGGGGGGGACUCGGGCCGGGACUCGCUGAAAAGACUGUGGACGGGUGGCGGCGGCGGCGCUGACGUGGGCAUGAUGGGAGACUCCAACGGCCUGGGCGAUGACGACGACGACGAUGUGGACGAUAUGAUGAUGAUGAUGCCCCCGCGCUCGCCUUCGCCUCGGCCCCCGUCCUCCGCGCCCCAGUCGCCCCCCUCGUUCUCCCCGCCCCCCUCGGCCCACGGUACCCUAAUCAAGCCCAAACCCCGGCAGAGAGACAACGGUAGCGGCCACAACACGCUCCCCUCCGCACACUCCCUCCACCUGGUCCUCAACUCCUACAAUCAGGAGCAGGACGAGGACAACGGGAGAGUGCACCUGUCCCUCCCGCUCUCCUCCUCCCUGCCGGCCUCCCUGGACGAGUCCCUGAUGACGCCGGACGUGGAGAACGCGGUCAUCAGCCCCAUUCUGCCCUUCCUGUUCCUGGGCAACGAGCGCGACGCGCAGGACCUGGAGCUGCUGGUGCGCCUGGACAUCUGCUACGUGGUGAACGUGACCACGCACCUGCCCCUGUACCACCUGGAGACGGGCCUGGUGCGCUACAAGAGGCUGCCCGCCACCGACAACAGCCGGCAGAACCUGCGCCAGUACUUCGAGGAGGUCUUCGAGUUCAUCGAGGAAGCCCACCAGAGCGGUCGCGGGGUGCUGGUGCACUGUCAGGCCGGCGUGUCGCGCUCGGCCACCAUCGUCAUCGCCUACCUGAUGAAGCACACGCUCAUGACCAUGACGGACGCCUACAAGUACGUGCGCGGCCGGCGGCCCGUGGUCUCGCCCAACCUCAACUUCAUGGGCCAGCUGCUGGAGUUCGAACGGGACCUCAACUCCGGGGUCACGCCGCGCAUCCUCACGCCCAAGCUCACGGGGCUGGAGACGCAGGUCUAACACACACACACACACACAUAUUACACAGUAUACAUGGAAAGACAUGUGAGAGAAAGAGAUGGACGAAGCCACGGACAGCCAAGCAGACGGACCUAGUUAGAGUUAGAUGAAGAGAGUGAGGGGGGAAAGGAAAAAAUGAACAUGUGAGUGUGUGAAGGAAAGAGGAAGUGGAGAAGAAGAGAAGCGUUCCAGAAAAGCACCUUCCGACGGCACCCAAAAGAGGAGGAGAAAACGGACAAGACAGUGGGGAGGAAUGAUGAUGGAUUGAGCACAGUAUCAGCCGCAGCAGUAGCAUCUGCAGCAACAGCAACAAAGCUGCGAAAGCAUGGAGAGUGGAUGGGAGACCUCGUCACCACCUGUCCCAUCAUCAGUGAUGGGCAACUCGGAUCCAGUUUCUAUAAUCCAGUGCCACAUAUUCCAGUUGACCUGG